UCAGCUCAGGAGGAAGAUGAAAGAUAGUGUCGCUGAAGAACAUUUAUAUUUGGGUUUUUCUCAUCAGUACAGAGAUAGUAUCUUUCCUCUUCAUACAUCUAUUUCACUGUUUUUGCUAUCCUACUGUGACUGCAAAUUAUUCAAAAUUUUCUUAGUGCCGACUAGUGAAAAUGUGGAUGAUCAGUUUGUGACAAAAAACCUCCUUGGCGAUCUUGAGGUCCAUUUAAUCUCCAGAUGUCAGCUUCCAGUGAUUGUGCAGAGCUGCUGUUUACCUGCUGUUGUCGUGAAAGAUGGCAAGUUCUGCCGAGCUGGGCUUUCCGUUGUCUUAAGGCAUAUAAUACAGAAAACAUAUGAGGCAGAUCCAUCUAAAAAGGAUGUUUUGGAACUCUUAGGCUUUAAGAAGACCUGCUUAAAAGCCUGUGCUGAAGUUAGCCAGUGGACCAGACUUUGUGAGAUCAGCAUACCUCUGGCUGUUGAAGGAUUUUUGACGGCGUCUCCUGAGCACUGUCAGGCUAUUCCUCCUGACAUUUUACAGCUUGAAAGGAAGCUUGGAGAACCUGUCCGAGUACAUAAUGAUGACAAAAUUCGAAGGCAAAAACUUCAACAACAGAAGGCAGGUGCCAAGGCUGCAGUGCCUGUGCUUGGUAAAGAAGCAACAGAGGGAGGAAAAACAGUGGAAAUGUAUGAACAUCCACUCCCAAGUUUGGAACUGAGCAUAGCUUUCUCCAAGCUACUUGUCCAGGAAGUAUCAGAUGCAGUCAACAGGGAGGCUCCUCACAUCAGGAGAACAAAAACCUCUGACCUUCCGCUUUUGGACCACGUUUUUGCAGAAGGGCUUUAUUUCACCUUGGCAGAUAUAGUGCUUUUGCCAUGCAUCCAUCAGUUCUUGGAGAUUCUCUGUGUCAAAAACCAAGGCAAAAAUCUGAUAAAUUUGCCUCUCAUAUCUAGUUGGUAUCAAAGAGUUCAAGAAGUACCUGGAGUAAAGAAAGCUGCUGGCAAAUGCAAUAUGGAGCUUCUCCAGCUUCCAGAGUUGAUGUCUGCUCCAGAGGAAGAGCAACAAGACCUCUCUGCAGUUUUUGAUGAAUUAGAAGAGGAGCAUGAAGACAGUCAUUUUAUAGGUGGUCCAAGGCCAACUAUGACUAAGUUAAUGGAAAAUGGUAUUGAAGCAAAGUUUUCUCCUCAUCCAUGCCCCAACUGGAUCUUAGACUGGACCAAUCUACCAUCUGCAGUCAGUCCUGGAGAAG